CGUCGAGGACUCGACGCCACAGAGCCUGUAACACCACCGCGUGCUUCCUGAGCUGUAACGGUCACCAUCACUGUCUCUCGUGACUCCAGGGGCUCUCUGGAGUAAACACGGCGGAAUUUACAAUUCCUGUAAUGUUGGGUGUAGAAGUUACUUCCGUUUCUGGGUGAAAACAAACAUUGUUGCCGCGCACACUGAUGCGUGUGCCACGCCUUCUGUCUCGGAGGCGUCUUUUCCAGGGACAAUUUCCCAUGCCGUCUUUUGGGGUCCCUCCCGUCUCCUCUGGCUAUGGGGAGGGGCGCAGGCCCCCCCCCCCCCCCCCCGACAGCACCUCUGUCCUUUCCACUCCCAAGGGCAGGAGAAAGAAGGACCUUGGCACAGGUCUAAACAUUCUUAAGGAAGUUUUCAUUUAACCUCAGAGCACACGAGAGGUGAGCACUGUCCUCACUUUAAAGGGGACACUGAGGCUCACAGCCUGCUCCCGCCACAUCUUAUUACCGAUCAUAAGACGAAGGGUGCUGCACAGCUGUAGAGCACUUUCAAAACUCUGCAAGCACAGUCUCCGAGCCUCAGUUUCCUUAUCUGUCAGAGGGAGGGCGAUCGGAGUAAAGAGGACUAAUAAUGUUUAUUGAACGUUCGCUGUCUGCAGGUUCUGUUACUGGGCACCGUUACGGUUCUCACGGUGCACAUAAGGACACUGAGACACAGAGAGGUUAAGUGACUUGCCCGAGGACACACAGCUGACCGAGGGGGCAGGUGGCAGGGCCUCCCCACCUGCCCCGCGGAAGAUGCAGUUCUUUGGGCGCCUGGUCAACACCCUCAAUAGCGUCACCAACUUGUUCUCGAACCCGUUCCGGGUGAAGGAGGUGGCUGUGGCGGACUACGUCUCGAGUGGCCGGAUUCGGGAGGAAGGGCAGCUGGUUCUGUUCCAGAACUUUCCCAGCCGCACAUGGGACUGCGUCCUGGUCAACCCCAGGAACUCACAGAACGGAUUCCGACUCUUCCAGCUGGAGAGGGAGACGGACGCCCUCGUGAACUUCCAGCACUAUUCUAUCCAGCUGCUGCCCUUCUACGAGAGCUCCAGCCAAGUCCUGCACGUCGAGGCCCUGCAACAGCUGACCGACCUCAUCCGCAGCCAUCCCAGCUGGUCGGCGGCCCAUUUGGCGGUGGAGUUGGGCAUCCGAGAGUGCUUCCAUCACAGCCACAUCAUCAGCUGUGCCAAUAGCAGGGAGAAUGAGGAGGGCUGUACCCCCCUGCACCUGGCCUGCCGCAAGGGCGACGGGGAGAUCCUGGCGGAGCUGGUACAGUACUGCCAUGCCCAGAUGGACGUCACAGACAACAACGGAGAGACUGCCUUUCAUUACGCCGUCCAGGGGGACAAUUCCCAGGUGCUGCAGCUCCUAGGGAAGAACGCUUCGGCUGGCCUGAACCGGGUGAACAACCAAGGGCAGACCCCACUGCACCUGGCCUGCCAGAUGGGGAAGGAAGAGAUGGUCCGAGUACUGUUACUCUGUAACGCUCGGUGCAACAUCGUGGGGCCCAGUGGCUACCCCAUCCACGCAGCCAUGAAGUUCUCCCAUAAGGGGUGUGCUGAAAUGAUCAUCAGCAUGGACAGCAGCCAGAUCCACAGCAAAGACCCUCGCUAUGGAGCCAGCCCCCUCCACUGGGCCAAGAACGCAGAGAUGGCCCGCAUGCUGCUGAAGCGGGGCUGCGACGUGAACGGCACCAGCAGCUCGGGGAACACAGCCCUGCAUGUGGCCGUGAUGCGCAACCGCUUGGACUGUGUCAUGGCCUUGCUGACCUACGGGGCCAACGCCAACGCCCGCGGAGAGCACGGCAACACGCCGCUGCACUUGGCCAUGUCGAAAGACAACGUGGAGAUGAUCAAGGCCCUCAUUGUGUUUGGGGCAGAGGUGGAUACCCCAAAUGACCUCGGAGAGACUCCUGCUUUCAUAGCUUCCAAGAUCAGCAAACUUGUCACCAGGAAGACGCUCUUAACUCUGCUGAAAAACGUAGGGGCCGACCACCGCCUCCCACUCACCCAAGGGGCCCCCUCGGAGCAGUGCUCCGCUGCGACACAUCACUCCUUGUUCUCCCAGGAAAGAUCUCAGCCCCCACCGAUCAGCUUAAACAACCUAGGCAGUCACCCACGCCAGGCUGGAUGGUGGGCCUGGGGCGCAGCGUCCGAACUGCAGGACAUCAUGCAUAUCUCCCGGGCCCGGAAGCCGGCGUUCAUCCUGAGCUCAAUGAGGGACGAGAAGCGGACCCACGACCACCUGCUGUGCCUGGACGGAGGGGGCGUGAAGGGCCUCGUCAUCAUCCAGCUCCUCAUUGCCAUUGAGAAGGCCUCGGGCGUCGCCACCAAGGAUCUCUUUGACUGGGUGGCGGGGACCAGCACUGGAGGCAUCCUGGCCUUGGCCAUUCUGCACAGCAAGUCCAUGGCCUACAUGCGGAGCGUGUACUUUCGCAUGAAGGAUGAGGUGUUCCGAGGCUCGCGGCCCUACGAGUCGGGGCCCCUGGAGGAGUUCCUGAAGCGCGAGUUUGGGGAGCACACCAAGAUGACCGACGUCAAGAAACCCAAGGUGAUGCUGACGGGGACGCUGUCUGACCGGCAGCCUGCUGAGCUUCACCUCUUCCGGAAUUACGAGGCUCCGGAGUGUGUACGGGAACCUCGUUUCAGCCAGAAUAUUAACCUGAAGCCUCCGACUCAGCCCUCAGAGCAGCUGGUGUGGCGAGCUGCCCGGAGCAGUGGGGCGGCCCCCACCUACUUCCGGCCCAAUGGGCGCUUCCUGGACGGUGGGCUGCUGGCCAACAAUCCCACGCUGGACGCCAUGACCGAGAUCCAUGAGUACAACCAGGACAUGAUCCGCAAGGGCCAGGAAGGCAAGGUGAAGAAGCUCUCCAUCGUGGUCUCUCUGGGGACAGGGAGGUCCCCACAGGUGCCCGUGACCUGUGUGGACGUAUUCCGUCCCAGCAACCCCUGGGAACUGGCCAAGACUGUUUUUGGGGCCAAGGAACUGGGCAAGAUGGUGGUGGACUGUUGCACGGAUCCGGAUGGGCGGGCCGUGGACCGGGCCCGGGCCUGGUGUGAGAUGGUCGGCAUCCAGUACUUCAGAUUGAACCCCCAGCUGGGGACUGACAUCAUGCUGGAUGAGGUCAGCGACACAGUGCUGGUUAAUGCCCUGUGGGAGACUGAGGUCUAUAUUUAUGAGCACCGAGAACAGUUCCAGAAGCUCAUUCAGCUGCUGCUGUCACCGUGAGGCCACUGGGCACCCCCCGCCACCCCAUCCCACCCACCCAGCCCUUGAUGGAGAGGCCAGGUGACAUCUAACCAGCGCGCCACUGGGCAGAGCUGGGCCUCGGCGGCUCUGCAUCUCCAGACCAGACAGACCAGGCCUCAGAGAGCACUGGGCUUCCUGCCUGAGGCUGGUCCUGAGUCCUGCCCACACUGUCCCCGCCUUCUGGCACUUUUUGUCAUUCCACGCUUAGAAAUCCUAGAGCCUCACUGGGGCCCUCUCCCUGAUGGCCAAGGACAACUGACGCUUGGGCCCCCAGCCCUGUUAGCUCAGACACCAGGCGUUCUCCCAGGUCCCCUGGCGGAGGGGGGAUGCCAAGACCCCUUCCACUCUCUGUCCUCUUCCCUGGGGUGGGGGGCUUGGGGAAACAGGCCUUUGCCCACCCAUCAGCAGGGGAAACCCAAGCCCCGCCGACUCUGCCCUCAACACACAUGCAGCCGCCUGCACCCCUCGGAACUGCCCCACCCUGCGAGCUCCCCUCAGCUCUCAAAGGUCACUUCUGUGACUUCGCUUAUUCCUCCCGACCCGAGGUGGUUGAUGGGUGGGGCGGGGAUCCAGAGCCUGCCCUUAACUGAAAUAAACGGUUUGAUUCAA